AUGAAUGGGAAGUCAAGAUAUCAACAAAUAUUGGAUGCUUGGAUUGGUAAGUACUUGGAUUUGAGAAAUAAUAAGUGCGUGGGAGUAGUUUCAAGCAUUCCAAAGGUAACAGACUUACUUAACCCAUUAAGUGACAUGGAUAACUUUGUAUAUUUAAAUAUUAUGGAGUACUACCAACGUUUACUUGCAGAGUUAAGAAUACGGCUGAUUGAAGUAUUUAAUUCUACAUCUAAGGAGUAUGGUAUACAGUAUAAGCUUGAUGUUGCAGAUGAGAGAAUGUUGCAAAUUAAAGAAUUGGGUGAAAAAGUUUAUAGCUUAAAUGUUGACGAUAUUAUAAACUUAAAGAAACAAGAUGAAAGUGAUGAGAGUCUAUUAAUAGAGAAAUUGAUUCCAAUUAAUGAUAUAGUUGGAUGCGUAAUUAGUGAAGAGGAGAAUUUAUUUCUAAAGAUGCUACAUUCUAAAUCCAAAUGUAAAUUGGAGAAGAUACAACAAAGAUUACUAGACUCCCAAGCUAAACUAGAAGCUUUAGAGGAUAAUUUAAAGAAUGCGCAGGAAUCAUCUAAUAACUUUGUAUUGGAAACUAUAGAGACAUUUCAUAUAUGGUUAAAUAAUGCAACUAAAGUAAUAUCUGCAGUUCAACAAGUGUAA